AUUCAUUGUUGUUUGUUACCAGCUUCACGUUGUCACAGAUCUAUGAAGUGACCUAAUUAAUUUGUGUUUUAUAGUAAGCAGUACAUGGAAUAAACGUCAAGCAAGGAAUGAAAUUUGAGUGCUAACAGUCGUAUUUCGAAUCUUUGCGGUACGCUUCCCAAGUAAGCGGGUGGUGCUGAACCAUGGUUCAGCAAUAUUUGACUUGAGUAGUAUGUGAAGCAGUAUGAAACAACAAUUUAUGACUAAAGGAACUUUUCAAGUGUCAUAUUCGUUUAUUGUGCUCGUGUUCCAGUCCAAUGUUGUGUCAGAAUGUAGUUGCUCAAUAGUAACCAUAUGGACCCAAACAACCAAAUAGGGCAAAUAAAGGCGAACAAAGGGGAAAUAAAGGAGUAAAUGCUUUGGAAGAUAAAGGAGAAAACGCAUCAGGAUGUCGCCUUUUUCGCCAGUCCGGGGAAAAUACUGCGGAUUUCCCCCUUUUUGCCGCUUUGUCGAUAAAUUGCCGACUUUUCGCCUAAAUAUCCGCUGAAUUGUCUACUUUUCGCCUAAAUUCCUGCCGAAUUGCCUAGUUUACGCCUAAAUGUCCGCCAAAUUGUCUACUUUUCGCCUAAAUACACACAGAACUCCCUAUUUUCGAUCCAUUGACAUAAGCUACAACAUAUUCAAUAUGCUUUAGCUUAUUGAACAAUUAAACCACCGAUAAUUGUUCAGUGUCUUACUGAAAAUAUACAUCCUAACAUAGUCAAAUUAUGACCCAUUAAGAAUGCAUGUCUAUCCAGUUGUUCAGAAAACGAAAACCCGAUUAAGUACUCAUCCCGGAUAAUUCAUCAUAAUGGGAAACUCAAUGUAUAGAUGAAUAAUUUCGAAGUCAUUUGUAUGGGAUAUACAUCUUUCACUAAAGUACUUGUCGGCCGUUCAUCAGUAAGUGAAAAAGCUACUUUGACAGGUCACAACUACAAAUAAUGUCUAAACUGUAGUUAGAUUCAUAGAUAACGUCAGCCUAACGUAAUGUCGUUGUAUAUUACUUGUGUAUUCAUAUUUUCACGAAUAAAGUGAAAUGUUGUUUGCUGUCACUUUAAAGCAUUGAUUGAAUAAUCUAAUCUGGCCAACCUUUAUAAAAACUAGUAGUUAUUUAAUCCCAUUUCCUCGGUAGUAUGCAUAUUUACCAACCGACUAAUAGAGUACUGUUUUUGGCCACAGGUACCCCAGCCUUCGAACCAUUAUAAAGAGAAUGACGAAAAGAAUCCGAUCUCAAGAACAAGUUGGAGUAGGCGAUAUUGAGGACGGUGUCUCGGAGCAUAUGAAACGUAAAUGGGAACCACCAAACUGGCGGGCUCAACUUAGCAAUAUUCGAAAAAUGCGCGAAAGUCGCGACGCCCCGGUAGACUCGAUGGGUUGCGAAAGAUUGGCUGAUGAAACAGAACAUCCGAAAACAUUCAGAUUGCAGGUACUGAUAAGUCUUAUGUUGUCAAGCCAGACGAAAGAUCAAAUUACGGCAGCUGCAAUGGGGCGUCUGAAGUUGAGAGGGUGCACGCUUACAACAUUGACAAGUAUGAAGACAGAAGACUUGCAGGAAUUGAUAUACCCAGUGGGGUUUUAUAAGACAAAAGCUUUGAAUAUAAAGAAAACGUGCGAGAUCUUAAAGGAAAAAUACAACUCAGAUAUACCAGAGACUGUUGAGGAGUUAUGCACCUUGCCUGGUGUCGGUCCGAAAAUGGCAUAUUUAGCAAUGCAGUGUGCGUGGAAAAAAGUGACUGGAAUCGGUGUCGAUACACAUGUACAUCGAAUUAUCAAUCGUUUAAAAUGGAACAAAAAACCAACCAAAUCUCCAGAAGAAACUCGUCUGGCCCUCGAAGAAUGGUUCCCAAGGGAACACUGGGAUGAAAUUAAUUGGUUACUAGUCGGUUUUGGCCAACAAAUUUGUCGCCCAGUAAAUCCAAACUGUAAAGAAUGUUUAAAUCUAUCAAUUUGUCCAUCUGCGUCGAAAUUUCAUACGAAAACAAAGAAGAUCUAAUUUGAAGAUCGACAAUUUGCAUUUAUCUCCCAUUUCAACUACUACAAAAUACUUUCUGAGAUCAUAAGUUAUUUUUUUUAAUAAAUAAAGCAAUCAUAAUCAAAGCUCGUAUGUUCCAGAUUCAAUUCGUGAACAGAUUUGGGGUUUAUUACUUCAACUAUGCUUGUUAGAUACGGACCAAACUGAAAGAUAAGGGAAUGAAACAAUAUAUUAUAAAUUUACACAAUAUGUAUAUUUAGUUAUUGGAAAACCUGCAUUUCUUUAAAUAUUGAUUUACCAACGGAAUAACAAUUAUCUGUCAAGAAAUUGAUUAUAAUUUAUUUUUGUCAAGUUUAAGUAGUAAGUAAAUUUCGUAAAAUCAGAAAUGUAUUCGUUAUGAUUGACACGGGAAAUGUAAGUGAUGAACCAAAGCCCUGUGAAGAAACAAACCAGACUAUUGUAUAUAGAAGUGCAGUUCCCAGAUGUAUUGAUGAAAUGGUGCGCAAAUUUGUUCUUGUGCGUUUUGUAACAAGUUCGCCUAUUAGAUGAUAAGGUUUGAUGGUACAACAGAGAACGCGCUGCUACUACACUAGUUUAUGCAGUAUGGUAAUAUCAGUGCCAUUGACAAAGUUUGUGUACAUACACAUACUCGAUAGGGUGGAUGAAUUACAACAUUAAAUAUGAGUUGGUUACAUAAGCUAAUAUGGUUUUUAGUUAUUUCUCAUACUCGUCAAGUGCUCUAUCAACUUCCACACGUUUGACUUCAUCUUGUUAUCUUUCUUCAACUUCGCGACCGUUAUAGAGCCUUCUUUUACCCAUGAUAAGGUGUAAUCUUCCUAUUUUCCAACAGAUUGUUAUAUUUGCUAACCUAUCAGCUAUGAAUAUGGUGACACAGCUUGAGUAAAUGAUAUCGUCGAAAAGGAGAUUCAUUUAGCUGAAUUGUUUGAAAAUCUAGAACUCAAGAUAUCGAGUCGUAAAUGAAGUUUAACACCACGACUGCUUACAUAAAGGUCAGAGAAUCAGCCAAGACAUUCAAAUUUGUUUGUUUAUUUGAACACAUAAAUAUUGGUACAAGAGAGCGCCAAUAUAUAUGCGCCACACAAAACAAUGAGAAUUCGAAGAGAAAUAGAAAAGAAAAGAACAAUAACGAAGAGAUUGGUGUAAGGUAGUGUGGUAGUAAUGAGGGAACGCAAAGGUACAAUCGGAAGAAAUCUUUCAGGUAAGGGAGACACAACCACUUUUUAUGAAGAAAGUAAAAGAAGAUUACAGCAGGAUCGCCACUGGCUUCUAUUCUGAGCCAUAUCUGAUAACGUCUCUAGCCACUGUGUAGCACCAUCUCUCAGACCCCAACCAGGGAGUCGUAAAGGACCAACAGGAGCCAGUCCUUUGCAGCUUUCUUUCAUACCACGACACCAUGUCAUAUACUGACCACCUCCGCUUUUUCCAACCAGUCCCAGAGUCGGCAAAUAAUGCACGACGUGGAAUUCUCUGGGACGACAUUCGGAGAACAUGUCCAAGCCACCGAAGUCGGUGUUUCAAGAUGGUGACACCAAUUGAAUUAUCAUCUCUGUGUCCGAACACACGAUGCCGAACCUCUGCAUCACUGACAUGGUGUUGCCACUGAAUGUCAGCAAUCCUUCGGAGACAGCGAUGAUCGAACACAGAGAGUCGUCUAACGUCCUCAACUCGGAGUGGCCAGGUUUCACAAGUAUAGAGCAAAACUGCUCUAACCGAUGCGUUGUAAAUCCGAUCUUUUACGGCCAGACUGACAUCACGAAGGCGCCAAAGACGGCCCAGAUUGGCAUAAGCCACUCUGGCUUUCACUAUACGUGCAUUGAUCUCAUCACUCACACCCCCACCAGCACUUAUGCAGCUACCCAGAUACACGAACUUCUCGACUACGUCUAUCUGCUCACCAUCCAGAGUGAGUACAGGAUUGGAAUCCUGCCAGUCUUGUAGAAGUACUUUGCACUUCGAAGGUGCAAAGCACAUACCAUACCUACGGACACUGAUUGUCAACUGAUUAAGUGCGGAUUGCAUGCCUUGAGCAUUAUCGCACAGUAAGACAAUAUCGUCCGCAUACUCAAAGUCGAGAAGUCUUUCUCCAGGCAACAGAUCCACACCACCAUUACUUACAUUCAUCAGAGCUGUUUCCAGAAUGUCAUCGAUGGCAAAGUUGAAGAGGAAUGGUGAGAUUGGGCAACCCUGCCUAACCCCACUGCUCGAAUGGAACAAUGGAGAGAGGUGGUUGUAUGCCCUCACUCUGCCUGAGGUGUUUGUAUAUAGGGCUUUUAGAAUGUUAAUAAACUUCUCAGGCACACCCUUCUUCAAUAGACAAUCCCAGAGAACAGUCCUGUCCAACGAAUCGAAGGCAGCCCUGAUGUCAAGAAAUACUACGAUUGUUGGCCUUUGAUAAGUAUGACGGUGUUUUAACAUUUGGCGGAGGGUGAAGAUAUGAUCAAUACAUCCUCGACCAGAACGAAACCCAGCCUGCUCCUCGCGAGUCAAUCUUUCUCGGGUUUUGAACAACCUACGAAGUAUGACGGAAGCCAAUAGUUUGGACGCAAUCGGAAGUAGACUUAUCCCCGAUAGUUGUUACAGGAACGACGUGAACCCUUUUAAAGAUAGGGACAACUAUCGACUCAUUCCAUGACGUUGAUACACUCUCUAGUUCCCAAACCUUUGUAAACAACGUCGUCAAUUCCUUAGUCAAAAUGUCACCACGAUCUGUAACGCUUCAAGAGUUGGAGUUCCUUGCGGACUUCCUCCUCAUUUGGUGGAUCAGUCGUCACCGGCCAUGGAGGGCAGGACAGUCUGACCGAUGUUGCCGGAGCAGCAGGCCAGUUGAACUGCCCUUCGAAAAUUCUGCCCAUCGUCCAAGACGUCGAUGGAUGUUAGUGAUUGGCAAAGAC